UGUCAUGUUUCUCAGCAUGUGGCGAAUAUCGAUCGUAUUAUAGUUGGUGUGAUUUUUCGUUCGGCUCGCGGUGGAUUUUCUCAAGUUUGCAUUGAAAACUGUUUCAGCGAGUUGAGAGAAAUCGCCUCUAUAAUUCUCGGUACCCGAGAAUUCUUGUUUCCGAAAAAUUAAACUGAUAAGAAAUCAGAUUGCAUACAGUGAUAAGUUAUCGUUGCUUGAUUAGUCUAGGAUUGUUUGGAUUGUGAAGUCUUGUUGAGGGUAGUGCUUUUUCAAGUUCCCCGUCAGUUUAGUUCAAUAAGAAAAUAUGUCGCUGUCCAGUCUCUACAAACGUGCCCUGGUGAAGUAUCCCGUGCUAGUGCAGUCGGUGCAAUCCGGCAUCCUGAUGGGAUCAGGCGAUAUUAUCGCGCAGACUCUGAUCGAAGACCGCAAUCUGAAAACCUUGGAUGGCAUGCGAGCAUUCCGGUUUUUUGGCAUUGGAUUCUGUAUUGGGGGCCCUGGAUUGCGCAAAUGGUACGGAGUGCUGGACAAGCACGUAACCGGUAGAACUAAAGCGGUAGUCACCUUCAAGAAAGUUGCCCUCGACCAGUUGAUCUUUGCACCGAUCUUUCUGGGAACCUUGAUCGGAACGAUCGGCUUGCUACAAGGAAACAAUAGAGAACAAAUAGAGCGUAAGCUCAGGAACGAAUACACGGAUAUACUGUUGACAAACUACUACAUUUGGCCAUGGGUGCAGCUGACCAAUUUCUACUUAGUGCCAUUGAAUUAUCAAGUCCUGUUGGUACAAUUCGUUGCCGUGUUUUGGAAUACAUACCUGUCGUGGAAGACGAACUGCAGUGAUCCGUCAAAGGUGCUGGCCAUCAAGUCGUCGGAUGCCGUUGCGGUGGAAGAAACGAAAGAAAAUGCCUUCUAGCAAUCAAGCAAGGUUUAUGUCUGGCAGCAAUGAUCAGACACUAUUGAAACAUUCGGAUGUGAUAAUUGAGCUCGAUCAUAGAAGUAGUACAACAUUGAAUUAGGGUAUCCAAUCAUGCUUUGAAUGAAAUUGCAGGCGUUUGACGAGUCGUCAAAACUAAGUUCAUUUAUUUCAUCAUAAAGACUCAUUACUACUGAAAACUCUAGCUUAUAUGAAAGUUUAGUUCUUUAUCUUCCUACAACAUCCUAAAUUUACAUAUUUAUGCUUAAUUUCAUUGAAAAAAACUUAAUUAUUACAUAACUUUAAUUCGUCCCAUGGUUUGAACUAAAUUUGUACCAAGGUUUGAGCUACUGGCAGCAGCUCCUGAAUACAAUACUAAUUUCAUUCAUGAAAUGCUGAGGGAACCUAUAGAAACGCUAAUUUGAAUACCUAUUCUGCAUCUCGCAUAAGAUAACUCAAAACGUGUGAAAAUCAUGUUCAAAUUAUCGAUAUGAAAAUUUACAAUUUUGUUCAUAUUGAAAAUGUAAACAAAAUACUCCAGCUAUGUACAUGGAGCGCUCUUAUCGGAUACUAAUAGAACUUGACUGCAUUUAGAAGUUCAAACAACGGAUCGUUUUACUUCAAACCAUGAUCAGGUUUCACCUUGUAUAAAUGUUUUAAUUUUAACUAUUUAAAAAUUGUUUCUCGAUUGUACGAUUUCUUCAACCAAUUCUAGGUAAAAUAACUGUCAUGGAUUGCCUCCUUUACGAGCUUUUUGAAGUUGUGCCACUACUGCUGCGGGGAAAUUGGCGAACAUUAAAGAUGUUUUCAAUUCGCUGAAAUUUACUACUUAAACAGUAUGAAAAAAUGUUUCAACGAACUCUAUCCCGACCAGUAUACCUAAAUAUGCCAUUCCUGCUGUAUGAGAUUCAUUCCCUGCCAAUGAAAGUAAUUUCAACUGAUUUCAAAAUGACUCAAACCAUUAUACGCUGUUUUACUGGUUCAAACCAUGAUUGGAUACCCUAUGCGAAUUACAAAUAGAAGAUAACUUGAAAUUUCCUUGUUGAGAAGGACAGACAAGAAUUCCAAUUUUAAACAAAUACAAAUAAUUUAACCCAA